AUGGUCGAGACACGAAGUCAUCAAUACGGUGGCACCGAUGCCCAAGAGGCUUCAAGGCCCAAAAGCCCACCCUCAAAGAAAGCCACGGACAAACGCGAGAGCGAAAUGCCGCAAAAGCGAUCGCUACCAGACGCAGGAGCGCGGGAGGAUGGCAAAGUGAACACCGAUGAAAAGGGGGUUCACCGAAACGGAGGAGGCGAAGUAGUGCUUGCGAACCGGGUCCUGGACAAGUAUGGGGACAAGCCACUUGAGGACCUCGUGGACGAGGGCUGGCCUGAGGGCAAGAUGGUCAUGGCGCACAUUCUCAACGCCAUGCUCUCGUCGGCGCGCAUCUCCCACGAUAUCGCGAGGUCUUCGCUCAAGGCACUGCUCGAUGCGGGAUACGAAGACCUCGAGACGCUACAUAAGUCGACGUGGGAGGAGAGGACCGAGGUGUUGACGAAGGGGGCUACAAGAGACCUCGCUGCGGAGCUAAAGGAGAUCAAGGGACUAGGCCCACUCGGCGUCGACAUUUGCAUGGGCUCGAUGCAAGGCUACUUUCCCGAGGUGGCGCCGUUCCUGGACCAGCGUAGCCUCGAGACGGCGAGGAAGGUCGGGUUGGGGGAUGACGUGGAGGCCAUGUUUGAGGCGCUGGGGUCCGAUGCGCAGGCCAUGGCCCGGUUAGAGGUUGGGCUGACUACGGCCAACCGCUGGAUGGCAACCGCUGAUGGCAACCGCUGA